AUGUGGAAUAAUCUGCCAGAGGAAUGCACUGCCUGUGGAAUACCAUGCCUAAGGAACACUGCCCAUGGAAUACCAUGCCUAAGGAACACUGCCCAAGGAAUACCAUGCCUGAGGAACACUGCCCAAGGAAUACCAUGCCUGAGGAACACUGCCUGUGAAAUACAAUACCUAAGGAACACUGCCUGUGGAAUACCAUGCCUGAGGAACACUGCCCGUGGAAUACCAUGCCUGAGGAACACUGCCUGUGGAAUACCAUACCUGAAGAACACGGCCUGUGGAAUACCAUACCUGAGGAACAUGGCCUGUGGAAUACCAUGCCCGAGGAACACUGCCCGUGGAAUACCAUGCCUGAGAUACACUGCCUGUGGAAUACCAUGCCAGAGGAACACUGCCGGUGAAAUACUAUGCCUGAGGAACACUGCUCGUGGAAUACCAUGCCUGAGGAACACUGCCGGUGGAAUACUAUGCCUGAGGAACACUGCCGGUUUAAUACCAUGCCUGAGGAACACUGCCGGUGGAAUACUAUGCCUGAGAAACACUGCCGGUGGAAUACCAUGCCUGAGAAAAACUGCCUGUGGAAUACCAUGCCUGAGAAACACUGCCUGUGGAAUACCAUGCCAUAGGAACACUUCCCGUGGAAUACCAUGCCUGAGAAAGACUACCUGUGGAAUACCAUGCCUGAGGAACACUGCCUGUGGAAUACUAUGCCUGAGGAACACUGCCCGUGGAAUACCAUGCCUGAGCAACACUGCCUGUGGAAUACCAUGCCAGAGGAACACUGCCUGUGGAAUACCAUGCCUGAGGAACACUGCCUGUGGAAUACCAUGCCUGAGGAACACUGUCAGUGGAAUACCAUGCCUGAGGAACACUGCCUGUGGAAUACCAUGCCUGAGGAACACUGCCUGUGGAAUACCAUGCCUGAGGAACACUGCCUGUGGAAUACCAUGCCUGAGGAACACCCAGUCGUUAAACUUUUUCAGACUGUGGCACACUUGGUGA